AUGUGGAGUCUGAAUGGGACAUCCGUGAAUGAGUUUAUUCUUCUGGGCUUCACCAGUCAUCCCACGCUACAACAUUUUCUCCUGGCAAUGGUCCUAGCCAUGUCUCUUAUCACUCUCCUUGGAAACAGCCUGAUCAUCUUCUUGGUUUGGGUUGAGUCCUGCCUCCACACAGGCAUGUACUUUUUCAUUGGAAACCUCUCUUUGAUGGACAUAGUCUUCACCCUGAUCGUCAUUCCACAAAUGCUUAUCCACUUGGCCUCUGGGACAAAGUCAAUCUCUUUCAACAAAUGCAUGGCCCAACUCAACCUGACCCUGUCCUGUGGGAUGACUGAAUGCUUCAUCCUGGCUCUCAUGGCAUAUGAUCGCUAUGUGGCCAUCUGCCAACCUCUGCGUUACCCCACCCUCAUGAGAAUGCAGGUAUGUAUGCAGAUGGCAGGGGCCUGCUGGGUUGGGGGCUUCCUCAAUGCUGCAGUACUGACCAUCAUCACCACAAGCUUCCCUUUCUGUGGGCCCAACAAGAUCAACCAUUUCUUUUGUGAGGAGCCAGCAGUGUUACCAUUGGCCUGCAUGGACACCUAUGUCGUAGAGAUUGUCCUCUUUGCAUUGAGUGUGAUUGUUCUCAUGCUGCCUUUUAUCUUCAUAGUUAUCUCUUAUGUCCACAUUGCCAGGGUGGUGCUCAGCAUGCGCUCAGCUGAGGGACGCCACCGAGCAUUUUCUACCUGUGCUACACAUCUUACUGUUGUCACAUUGUUCUACAGCACCAUCAGCUUUACUUACUUGCAGCCUCGGUCCAACCGUGCUGCAGACCAGGAGAAGAGAGCCUCAGUCUUCUAUGCUUUGGUCUCUCCCAUGUUGAAUCCCAUCAUCUACAGCUUGAGAAAUAAGGAUGUUAAACGGGCUUUGGCCAAAGUGAUGCAAAAAUUCAGCUGA